AUGUCAGCUCAAGACUACAAGUUCAAAGGUUGGGUUGGUCUUGACAAAGACUGUGUCGAGAAGGGAACUCUCGUAGAGCAGGAAUUCACCCCCAAGCCCUUCGGAGACUCUGAUGUCGAUAUCAAAAUCACCCACUGUGGUGUUUGCGGAUCCGAUGUACAUACCCUCAACAGCGGUUGGGGGCCUGCUCCAUACCCCAUCUGUGUCGGCCACGAAAUCGUCGGUCACGCCGUCCGAGUAGGAAAGGACGUCAAAGAGAUCAAGGUCGGUGACAGAGUUGGUGUUGGUGCCCAGUCAUGUUCAUGCAUGAAGCCCGACUGCUCACAAUGCCCCAACAAAAACGAACAAUACUGUGAUAAGAGCGUUGGUACUUACGGAAAUUUUUACCCUGAUGGAUCAAAAUCCAUGGGUGGAUACGGAGACUACGCCCGUGUUCAUGAGUACUUCGUCUUCAAGAUCCCCGAUUCUAUCCCUAGUGAGAUUGCUGCGCCCAUGUUCUGCGCUGGUGUCACUAUGUAUAGCCCUCUGAAGCGUAACGGUGCCGGUCCCGGUAAGACUGUUGGUAUCAUCGGUAUUGGCGGUCUUGGACACUACGGUCUUCUCUGGGCCAAGGCUCUCGGCGCCGACAAAGUAGUCGCCAUCUCGAGAUAUUCCAACAAAUCCGAUGACGCCAAAAAGCUUGGUGCCACUUCAACCAUUGCCACCGCUGAGGACCCUGAGUGGGCUCAAAAGAACGCCAACUCCAUUGACCUCAUCGUCAGCACCAUCUACGCACCUAACUUGCCUAUUGCCGACUACCUGACUCUUCUUAAGCACCACGGUACUUACAUUCAAGUCGGCGCCCCCGAGGACAAGGUUCCCGCAUUCAGCAUGUUCCCGAUGAUCAUGAAGGGCGUUAAGAUUGGUGGAUCUUUGAUCGGUUCUCCCGCCGAGAUCAAGGAGAUGCUGCAGUUGGCGGCCGAUAAAGAUAUCAAGGGAUGGGUCAACGAGUGGCCCUUGUCGAAGGUUAAUGAGGCGUUGGCGGCUUUCCAGAGGGGAGAGCCCAGGUACAGAAUUGUUUUGGUCAAUGAGAAGCAUGUGAAUUAG